AAUCAUUUUUUAUUGCUAUUAUAUUUUAUUUAUUUAUUUUAUAUCUUUUAUCUUACAAAACAAAUUCUAAAUAUUAUGUUUGUUUUUUGAAAAAAUCUAUAUAUAAAAUAAAUAAUUUUCAUUGGUUGGUGAAUCUAUAGGUUCACCUAGGGGGUGAACCCAAGAAUUUUUCAUCUUACAAUUAGAGGUAAACGUUGAAGAACAAUUUAGAACCAUAUCAUAUAAAAGUAGUCGACCGCCCAAUGCUAUGGGAGGGAAUGAUUACCUAUAUAGUCUUAUUUAUGUGUAAGGGCCAAAACGAGAAGAAGAUGACAUUGUUAGACGAAAUGUAUGUCUAGAAAUAAAAACAAUCGGAUUAGAUUAAGAGAGGCCUAACCACAUGCUAAAAGACAAUUAACCAUGCAAAUUGAGAGUAAUCAUACCUCAGGAAUAAACUCCUCAUAUAAGAACAACAAAUUGACUAAGCAAAAGGAUAGUUUUAUCCAAUGAGAUAAGGGUUUCACACUUUAUCAUUCCAUAAAAAAAAACAAAAUGAAUAUGAUAUUUCAACCUUUUCAAACCGUAUAUUGAUUCUCUUAUCGAUUUUAUACCAAUGGAAAUACGACUUCUGAUAACAGUACAAACAGAAUUGACUUACAUACAUACAACUGACAUACAAUCGUUGAAGAGCACUAAAGUUAUUUUAGACCUUAUUAAUAAGAAUCAAAGCAUUUUAAUAUGUAAUUGUCCGUAUGAACACCGUGUGAUUCAAUUCAGCAGUAGAUACAUCUGCAUUUAUGUCAAAGAUGACAUCUGCAAAAUCUUUUAUUAAAUCGGGAAAAUAUCAAAGAGAAUCAUGUUAGAUCAAACCAAUAUGUUGCCGAGUGUGGUGGUGAUGACAAAAGUGGAUGGAAUCAUGAGAGAACCCCUUUGACUUAGCAAUUGAUUAUGUAGAUAAUUGAGUUUAGAUUUUAGGGUCAAACAUACAGUUUUAAAGACUCUUGGUUUAAAUUAUAGAGUUCAUAAAAAUCUGUACCAUAUAUUAUAUGGUUCUAACUUUCUAUAAAAUUGACGGGAUGAGGUAGCUCACUUGGUAAGGACUUUGUGGGCCAAUUGUCAUGCUCAUGGGUUCGACGCCAGGCGGAGGCGAACUACCCAUUCUGUCACCAAAUGCGGUACUGGGUGUUGGGCCUUGUCCCCAGCCCAGGUAAAACCCUUCCGGGUGAAGUGGACCGCUGCCUAACCGGGCCCAGGGGAAUGACCCACGUAAGUGGAACCCCUGGAUUAUCAAAAAAAAAAAAAAAAAAAAAACUUUCUAUAAAAUUAGUUAUUUUCACAACCUCCUCCAACGCUCAAGAUAAAGAAAAUAUUUAUCACAUAAAUAAAAUAUAUAUUUAAAUUAAUAUAAAUAAUAUUUUUAAAAUGAUGUACAUGCCGACACUAUAUAAGAAUCUAUACAUAGAAAUACAACUGCUCUCUUUUUCAUGCAAGGCUUGAGUAAAUGAGAAGCCAACACACUUCAAAACAAAAGCAGAAAUUGAAGAAGUACCCUUCAACCAUGUCACCGUUCUCUGAUCUCAACUACUCUCAUUCGGUGGCCAUGGUCAACCCCAUAUCAAUCCUUUUAUACUAUUUCAUGAUCAUUAAACUCAUUCAACUUAUUUACGUCAUUGUCACUAAUCUCAUUUCAAACCGUCAUUCAUUACUUACAUAACUAAAACUCUCAUCAAAUUGAAUAAUGUGGAUCAAUUACGGUUAAGAUGAAUAAAUCUAAACACAAAUAGCAUUUAUAUAGCGAGACAUUGACACAGCCGCAACAUAAAUGUAAGACACUUGCAAUUGCAUAUUCCAAUGUCUCUCCUCUGACCAUCUUUGACCUUCGUCUUCUCUUUCCCAUUGCCUCAUUCAGCUUCCUUUACACAAACUCUCUCUCUCUCAAUAAUCAAGUGAAAUAACAGAAGAUAGAAAGAGAGAUUCGCGUGUUGUCAUUUAAAAGGAUAUAUCUAUAUAGAUUUAAACUUAUACCCCCAUCCCUAGCUUUAUCUGCAUUAACUUCUCCUCUAACUCACCACAUUAAACAUAUAUAUACACAAACAUAUGCUCAGAUUAUAUGUCAUAUAGAUGGAUAGAUAGAGAGAGAGAGAGAGAGAGAGAGAGAGAGAGAGUCCCCAUGCACCGUUCUUACGACCAAUCAUUCGUCUUCAACCAAAGGGACCAACAAUUGUCUUAAAUUCUCUAUGUUUCCAACACUAGUCUCACACUGAUCACGACAAGAAACUCAAGAUACUUCAUUCACUUUCAUACAUCUCUUGUUUCUGAAGAAGAAGAAGAAAGAAGAAGGAAAAAAAAAAUGCAGCAAAGUUCACUUCUUAUUGUGUUGCUCGUCCUCUGGUUUUCAAUCGGGCCCGGUUUGGGUCAACCGGUUCAAAGUGACGAUCUUCAAACUCUUCUCGAAGUGAAGAAGUCUAUUGUGAUAAACCCAGAAGACGAAAAGGUUCUCCAAAACUGGAAUUCAGAUGAUCUCAAUUACUGCAACUGGACCGGUGUCACGUGCCGUGGUCGUGUCGUCAUCGGUUUAAAUCUCUCUGAUUUUGACUUAACCGGUUCAAUCUCUCCUUCGAUUGGCCGGUUUAGUAACCUAAUCCACCUCGAUCUAUCUUCCAAUAGUCUCGUGGGUCCCAUCCCAACUGCUCUCUCCAACCUCUCCGCCUCCUUGGAAACUUUGCAUCUCUUCUCUAACCAACUCACCGGCGAGCUACCGAGUCAACUCGGCUCACUCGUGAACCUCAGGUCCUUAAAACUCGGAGACAACGACCUAAUCGGACCAAUCCCGGAUACGUUCGGUAACCUCGUCAAUCUCCAGACGCUCGCAUUGGCCAAGUGUAGACUCACCGGUUCAAUACCGAGUCAACUCGGUCGACUCGUUAACCUCCAAGCUUUAAUCCUACAACAAAACUUCCUCCAAGGACCGAUCCCGCCCGAGUUGGGAAACUGCACCAGCCUCGUUUUGUUCACCGCUGCGUUGAAUAGCCUCAACGGGUCGUUACCGACGGAGCUGAGUCAACUCGGAAACCUCCAGAUACUAAAUUUGGGAAACAACAGCUUCUCCGGCGAGAUACCGAGCCAACUCGGUGACUUGCGCAAUCUACAAUACCUUAACUUGGUUGGUAACAGACUUCAAGGUCCGAUUCCAAAGAGAGUAACCGGUUUGGAGAAUCUUCAAACCCUUGAUUUGUCCGACAACAAUCUCACCGGAGAGAUACACGAAGAGUUCUGGAACAUGAACCAGCUUGAAGAUUUGGUUCUAGCCAAUAACCGUCUCUCUGGUUCCUUACCAAAGAGCUUGUGCUCUAACAACACAAGCUUGAAGCAACUGGUUUUGUCUGGAACUCAACUCUCCGGCGAAAUCCCGGCGGAAGUUAGCAAAUGUCAGUCACUACAAGCGCUUGAUCUGUCGAACAACACGCUCGCCGGACGAAUCCCAGAUUCAUUGUUCAAUCUCGCUGAACUCACGGUUUUAUAUCUUAACAACAAUACCUUGAAGGGUACGUUAUCUCACUCAAUAUCUAACCUAAGGAAUCUACAAGAGCUUGCUCUGUAUCACAAUGACUUGGAGGGGAAGUUACCUAACGAAAUCGGUUUUCUCAGCAAAUUAGAAGUUCUGUAUCUAUACGAGAACCGGUUUUCCGGUGAAAUCCCGACCGAGAUUGGGAACUGCACGAGUCUGAAGUCGGUUGAUAUGUUUGGGAAUCAUUUCAGUGGAGAGAUUCCUUUUUCGAUUGGGAGAUUAGAAGACCUUACUCUGCUUCACUUGAGAGAGAACGAGUUCGUUGGUAACAUUCCCGCCGCUUUAGGUAACUGUCACAAGCUGACGAUUCUUGAUUUAGCCGACAACCAGCUCUCGGGUUCGAUUCCUUCCUCGUUCGGGUUCUUGAAGUCGUUAGAACAGUUGCAUCUUUACAACAAUUCUCUUCGGGGGAGUCUUCCGAGUUCGCUCAUCAACCUGAAGAAUCUCACAAGGAUCAACUUCUCAAGCAACAAGCUUAAUGGCUCGAUCAGUGCGUUGUGCGGUUCAAGCUCUUAUCUCUCUUUUGAUGUCACGGAUAACGAGUUCGAGGGAGAUGUACCUCUCGAGCUAGGGAAGUCUCCGAGUCUCGACCGGUUAAGGUUAGGGAAGAAUCAGUUCACAGGAAGAAUCCCUUGGACAUUUGGGAAGAUUAGUGCCUUGUCUUUGUUGGAUGUCUCGAGCAACUCUCUGACAGGAAACAUACCGUUAGAGCUUGGUUUGUGUAAGAAGCUGACACACAUUGAUCUCAACGAUAACUUUCUUUCAGGGGUUAUACCUCCAUGGCUUGGGAAGCUUCCACUGCUUGGUGAACUCAAGCUUUCUUCUAAUCAGUUUACCGGUUCACUCCCUACUGAGAUUUUCAACUUAACAAAGCUGCUUGUGCUAUCUCUCGAUGGAAACUCACUUAACGGUUCAAUCCCACAAGAGAUUGGAAACUUGGAAGCUCUCAAUGUACUUAACCUCGGAAAGAAUCAGUUUUCAGGUGAGCUUCCUUCAGGAAUAGGCAAGCUGAGCAAGCUUUACGAGCUCCGGUUAUCGAGAAACAUCUUAACCGGAGAAAUCCCUGUUGAGAUUGGACAGCUACAGGAUCUUCAAAGUGCUUUAGAUCUCAGCUACAACAACUUCACCGGAGACAUUCCAUCUACGAUCUCUACGUUACAUAAGCUUGAAUCUCUUGAUCUGUCUCACAAUCACCUUGUCGGAGUUGUUCCUGGACAGAUCGGGGACAUGAAGAGCUUAGUGUAUCUCAAUCUCUCUUACAACAACCUCGAGGGGAAGUUGAAGAAGCAGUUCUCUAAAUGGCAAGCUGAUGCUUUUGUAGGCAAUGCAGGUCUUUGUGGAAGCCCUCUUAGCCAUUGUGCUGGUCUGAACAAGAAGCAGCAAGGUCUUAGUGCGAAAACUGUGGUUAUCAUCUCUGCGCUUUCAUCAGUAGCAGCGAUUGCUUUGAUGGUACUUGUGAUCGUCGUCUUCUUCAAGCAAAAUAUUGCUCUUUUCAAAAAAGGGAGAGGCGGAAACAGCGCAUUCUCAUCAAACUCUUCAUCUUCAGAAGCUCCUCUGUUUAGCAAUGGAGGUGCAAAGUCAGAUAUAAAGUGGGAAGACAUUAUGGAAGCUACGCAUUACCUUGACGACGAGUUCAUGAUUGGAUCAGGAGGGUCAGGAAAAGUUUACAAAGCGGAUUUGGUGAACGGAGAGACGAUUGCUGUUAAGAAAAUCCUCUGGAAAGAUGAUUUGAUGUCAAACAAGAGCUUUAACAGAGAAGUGAAGACCCUUGGAACAAUCAGACACAGACAUUUGGUUAAGCUAAUGGGUUACUGCAGCAGCAAAGCGCAAGGUUUGAAUAUGUUGAUUUACGAGUACAUGGAGAACGGAAGUGUAUGGGACUGGCUUCACGCUAAGAAGAAAGAGGUUCUUGAUUGGGAAACAAGAUUGAAAAUAGCAGUUGGGUUGGCUCAAGGAGUAGAGUAUCUUCAUUUUGAUUGUGUUCCUCCCAUUGUUCACCGCGAUAUCAAAUCCAGCAAUGUGCUUCUUGAUUCCAACAUGGAAGCACAUUUGGGAGAUUUCGGACUCGCCAAGAUCCUAACUGAGAAUUGUGACACCAACACAGAAUCAAAUUCUUUGUUCGCAGGCUCUUAUGGCUACAUUGCACCAGAGUAUGCUUACUCGUUGAAGGCGACUGAGAAGAGCGAUGUGUACAGUAUGGGGAUAGUGUUGAUGGAGAUUGUGACUGGUAAAAAACCAACAGAGGGAGUGUUUGGUGAAGAGACGGAUAUGGUUAGAUGGGUAGAUAAGGUUCUUGGUUCUGCAGCGAGAGAGAAGCUGAUUGAUUCAGAGCUUAAACCGCUUUUGCCUUGCGAAGAGGCAGCAGCUUAUCAGGUUCUUGAAAUAGCAAUUCAGUGCACAAAGACUUAUCCUCAGGAGAGACCAUCUUCAAGACAAGCUUGUGACUGCCUUCUCAGUGUCUUCAACAGUAGAGGUGCUAGUUACAGGGAGGUGCAAACUGAUCCCCAGAAAUGAUUUAUGUAGACAUAUUGAUUUUGCGUUAAAUAAUGAAAUUGAUCAUGUACUAAGUAAUCGUUGAAAACGUAUGAAAUAAAUGGCUUCAUCCAGAAAAGUCAUGCGACUGAGGUUUUGGUUUAGUGAUUAGGGUUUGGCUACUUCGGUUAAGCUUUUUUCUAUUUAUAAUGGUUCUUACAAUGCUUCCCAACCACCAAAAUUGAUCAUACAAGUAAAGAAACUGUAAGUAGCAGCAUAAAAGUUGUUUCUAUAUUUUGAAACUUUGUGUCUAGACAAUUUUGUUAUUGUAGAAGAGUUACAAUAUACUCCUCCGUUCUAUUUUGUUAGAUGCUUUUGAAAAAAAAAAGUUUUACAAAGAUAGAUUUUGUAUGUUUUCUAUAAAGAAAUUGUAGAUUUCAAAAAAAAAUAUUAAUUAUGUUCAAUUAAUAUUAGUUAACAAUUAUUGACAAUAUAUAACUAUAGAAAUAAUACAUUUAUUAUAUUAAUUUAAUAUUUUUAAUAUGUGUAAAAACACUUAUAAUUUUUAUCUUUGUGGAAUGGUGCUAGUAUAAUUUUAUCUUACUGGCUAAUGUGUUUCUAAGUGAUGUUUUUUUUGGGGUAAAAAAAACUUAAGCUUUAGUACCAAGUUUCAAUUGUGAAAGAAAUUACAUAAAACAGAGUAGUAGAGCACAUAAAUAAAAUCUACUAAAACUUAAAGAACAAACUUUCAUUGAUAAAACUUAACAAGAUAUGGUAGUUAUCAUCUCCCUAUUAGAUGUGCUCCUAAGUCCUGUUAUUGACAAAACUUAACAAGAAAUGUAUUUUCUAAGCUUUUUUUUUUUUUUGUAACACUACUUUCAAUUAGGGCUGGGCAUAAAAUCCGAAACCCGAAAUCCGAACCGAAACAACCGAUCCGUACCCAGUCCGAAAUGUAAAAAAUACCUCAAUGGAUCAUAUAGGGUGUUACAAAACAUAUACGAACCCGAAGUGUUAUUAACCGAACCCGAACGGGUAACCCGAAAACACGAAAAAAUAUCUGAAGAAACCGAUCCGAAUGUCCAAAUUAAUAUAUAAUAUAAAUAUUUGAAACAUAAAUAUGUACUUCAAAUAUUCAAUUUCAUAUUUAUUUGGAUAUGAUAUCUAACAAUAAGUAUUGAAAAUCACAAUACUAAAAGCAGCAUAUUCUGUAUCUAGAGAACGCCACGUCCUCAAAAAUAUUCGUCCAAUCAGAAUCAGUUAAUUGUCCACGUCAGAUGGGCCUCACAAUUGUUUUUUAAAUUGGCCCAACUGGACACAAAACACACAAAGAAACACGUCGAAGGAUGACGCUUCGCUUCACCUCUGCCAGUUCGUCUUCUCCAAUUGAAGAGUAAAGAAACCGAGUAGUAAUCGAGCCAAUUCUACACAAUCAAUACGUUCUUAAUGAUUUCAUUCCAUCUCCCUCUUUUUUUCCCUCUUUGGAUUUGUCCGAUCGAUUAGAACUUCGUAAUUAGAUCUGAAAUUCGCGAGCUUUAGGUCAACUGGUUUCGUCUCUGUGCAAUUCAAGGAGCUAGCUCAGGCUUAUGAGGUUCUCAGCGAAGCGGAGAAGCGUGAGAUCUAUGAUCUGUACGGUGAGGAUGCGCUCAAGGAAGGAAUUGGUGGUGGAGGCGGUGGUCAUGACCUCUUUGAUAUCUUCUCCUCUUUCUUUGGUGGUGGUGGUGGACACCCUUUCGGAGGUGGCAGCAGCCGUGGAAAGAGGCAGAGGCGUGGUGAAGAUGUUGUUCACCCUCUGAAGGUUUCCCUUGAGGAUCUUUAUCUCG